GACAAAGUACUUCGUUUGUCAGCAUGAAGACCAGAGAAACUAAGUUCAUCAAUCAGGGCCAGGCGGAUGAGAUGGAGGUGUGGGGGUACCGGCCCUGUCUGUACAGAAUCAUCCUCGUGGGUCUGGGUGCCCUUUGCACUGGGGGUCUCCUGUUGCUGCUGCUAUACUGGUUUCCUGAGUGGGGGGUGAAAGCCACCUGUGCCCAAACCUCACUGAAGGAGGCGCGGAGACUUCUUCUCAGGACCACAGAUGAUUUCAAGCAGUGGUUUUGUGCCAGAGUACGUGUGAUUCAGGCUCCAGGUCAGACCCCCUUUGACAAUGUGGAUCAGCGCUCCACUGCUCAGUUAGAGGAUGGGGAGAGACACCAAAACCUCAAGGAGCACGAUGGGAAAUUCACUCAGAGAGACUCUUUCAAGGUCCAUUACUUCACCCACCACAGCAUUAAAUACUACUGGAAUGAAGGGAAACAGAACUUUGAAUCAUACACGGGCUUGGAGGAUACAAAGGUGAGCUGUGCACACAUUCACACUGACCACAGCGAUGGACUCACCAAAUCACUGCAGGACUACAGAGCUUUGUUUUUUGGCAAGAACGAAAUUGAAGUAAAAGUGCCACCUUUAAUCAAGCUCUUUGUAAAAGAGGUCUUGAAUCCGUUUUACAUCUUCCAGAUCGGCGCUGUUAUUCUGUGGAGUUUUGAAAGCUACUACCAUUUUGCGAUUUUCAUGUUUUUGCUGUCUGCUCUUUUUAUAGUCAUCUCUGGAUACACUAUUAGAAAGAAUUAUAAGAGACUACGUGACAUGGUGGUAUCGCACUCUAUGGUGCAAGUUUCAGUGUGGAGGGGAAAUGAAGGUAUUGAACAAGUCAUGUCAACAGAGGUCGUGCCAGGUGAUGUCAUCAUUAUUCCAGCAAAGGGAUUGAUCAUGCCCUGUGACGCCGUGCUUAUCUGUGGCACAUGUACUGUUGAUGAGAGCAUGUUGACAGGGGAGAGCGUUCCAGUUACUAAAACCAGUGUGCCAAGUUCAGGCGAGGAGGCAGACAGGAUGUAUAAUGCAGAAGAACACAAGCUACACACCCUCUUCUGUGGCUCACAUGUUAUCCAGAGUCAUGCUGCUGACCAGGUGAAGGUGGUCGUGGUCAGAACAGGCUUUAGUACAGCCAAGGGCCAGCUUGUGCGCUCCAUCCUCUACCCUGAACCCAUCAACUUCAAACUGCACCGUGAUGCUAUACAUUUCUUGAUGUGUAUGGUGGGGUUGGGACUGAUUGGUGUCAUCUAUGUCAUCGUUGUGGGUGUCAUAUAUCAGAGUUCGGCGGAGAAUAUCAUCAUAGAUAGUUUCAACAUCAUCGCAAUCACAGUGCCCCCAAUUUUACCUGUGACCUUGACCGUUGGUCUUGUGAAUGCACAGCGGCGCAUGAAGAAAAUCGGUAUCUUUUGUAUCAGUCCACAGAGAAUCAACAUCUCUGGUCAGCUGAACCUGGUCUGCUUUGACAAGACUGGCACUCUCACCGAGGACAGUUUGAACCUGUGGUGUAUUCAGAGAGCUGAAGAUGGCAUUUUUUCACCUCCAGAGACUGAGGUCACUACAGAGAGUCUUGUGAAGACGUCUUUUGUUGCCUGCAUGGCUACCUGCCACUCAUUGACCAUCAUAGAGGACAAACUCUGUGGAGACCCUUUAGACCUCAACGUGUUCAGCGCCACAGGCUCGAUCCUGGAGGAGCCAAAAGAAGAACACAAAGCACGUUACAAUGCCAGCAUUUCCACAAUUGUGCGACAUCCGCAGCAAUGGACGGAGUUUGGCAUUGUGCACCAGUUCCCAUUUUCCUCAAUGCUGCAGAGGAUGAGUGUGGUAGUCAGGCAGCUGGGACAAAAACAUUUUGAUGUCUACCUGAAAGGAGCUCCAGAGACUGUAGCUAACCUCUGCAAACCACACACAGUCCCUCAAAGUUUCACAGAGAUAAUGAAGAGUUACACCCAGCAGGGUCUUAGGGUUAUUGCCCUGGCACAUCACCAACUGGAGUCCAAACUCUCCCGGUGGGAAGUCCAGAACCUUUGUCGAGAGCAGCUAGAGACCAACAUGGACUUCCUUGGCUUGGUCGUCCUACAGAACAAAAUCAAAGAACAGACUGAAAGUGUGUUGUUUGACUUACGACAAGCCAACAUCCGUACUUUGAUGGCUACAGGUGACAACAUAUUGACAGCAAUAGCAGUGGCUCAAGACUGUGGGAUGGUUCAAGCCCAUGAGAAAGUUAUUAUUGCUGAUGCAGUCCCUCCAAACUAUCAAAACCCUGCUAGCAUCACAUGGCGCUACUUUGACAAGCCUGGUUUGAUCAACAAUCAGACUGCUGAGGUCAGCUUCUCUGUGGAGGAGCCGGACUAUCACUUUGCUGUGAGUGGCAAAGCCUUUGCUGUCAUCACUGAACACUUUCCAGACCUCUUCCAGAAGUUCCUCAUGAGAGCCACUGUGUUUGCCCGUAUGACACCAGACCAGAAGACUCAGCUGGUGCAAGAUCUUCAGAACAUUGAUUACAUUGUAGGGAUGUGUGGGGAUGGUGCUAAUGACUGUGGGGCCUUGAAGAAAGCUCACAGUGGGAUCUCUCUGUCUAAGUUGGAGGCCUCUGUGGCUUCCCCCUUCACUUCCUCCAUCCCAAACAUCUCCUGCGUUACGAACCUGAUCAGGGAGGGCCGUGCUGCUCUUGUAACAACCUUCUGUGUGUUCAAAUACAUGGCCGUCUUCAGCAGCAUCCUUUACUGGAGUAUCAAUCUGCUCAUUUCAGUUUCCAGCUUGUUUGGGAGCGUCCAGUUCCUUUUCAUUGACCUUGGCAUUUCUUUAGUUAUUCCCUUUACAAUGGGUCUCAACCCUGCAUGGAAGAAGCUGGUGCGAGAUACCCCGCAAACCAGACUGAUCACCGGCCCGGUGCUCUUCUCCGUUAUAUCUCAGAUUGUCAACUGCCUGCUGUUCCAGCUUUUGCCUUUUUUCCUAGUAAAGCAGCAGAGUUGGUAUGAGACGCUUACGCCAGCGCCCUGCAGUGAGUCCAGCGUCAGUGAGCACGACAACAGCACAUUUGGAAUUGAAGGCGAAUACUACAUCAGGACCUUUGAAAACACCACCAUCUUCUAUGUCGCCGCCUUCCAGUACUUGAUUGUAGCUAUUGUCUUCUCCAAAGGAAAACCGUUCAGACAACCAAGCUAUAAGAACUGGCCAUUUAUAUUGUCCUGCUCCGUUCUGUAUUGUUUCUUCGUGUUCAUCAUACUGCAUCCCAUUUCCGCCAUAGACAACGCGUUGAUGAUCAUGUGUAUUCCCUAUGACUGGCGCGUCACAAUCCUCAUCAUUGUUGCAGGACAUGCUGUUGUGUCUGUCACACUGGAGAUUUUGAUCCAUGACACCUUGUGGAUGAUUGUUAAAGCCAAACUGUGUGUAAAGGGGACCACCAAAUCCCCUUCUGCAGACACAGCACAGAUGGCGAAUGACUGUUAUGGCUCCGCCUUCCUCUCCUGGAUCUCCUGUCAGAAAAAACGGCCCCCAGAGUGUAAAUACAAGUCUCUAGCACUGAGUCUGCAGGAGCAGGCUGACUGGCCUCCUGCACCAUCUACUAUUACCUAUGCAAGUAUGUCUGAGCCUGUCUUCUCUGUCUCGUUUUGACACCAAAAAUCUCUGUACUUGAAAGCAACGCGUUUCACAGUGUAGUUGUAUUAUUCUAUAAAUGGCCUGAAUUUGUAUUAGGAUUAAUAGUUCUACAAAAGGCUGCACAGUAGACGAGUGGUUAGCGCGCAGGCCACACAGCACCCGAGCUCGAUUCCACCCUCGGCUAACUCUGUGUAGAGUUUGCAUGUUCUCGGCGAUGCCAAAUUGUCCAUAGGUAUGAAUGUGAGUGUGAAUGGUUGUUUGUCUAUAUGUGCCCUGUGAUUGGCUAGCGACCAGUCCAGGGUGUACCCCGCCUCUUGCCCGAAGACAGCAACCCCGCAACCCUUGUGAGGAUAAUAAGAACCAUUAUAGUACCUUAAGUGUAUAAUGAUAAAGUGAACAAAAGUUUUCCUCCCAUACCAUGUGGAAGUGGUAUGUUUUUGACUUUUUACUUUGUUACACUUUCUAGUUUAAAUUGGAGGGUAACUAAUUAGCUUGGUAGCUUGCUGUAUGCUAUAAAAGGCUCCCCUUGCUGUGAUCCUGUACGUGUCAAAAAAUAAUAGUGUAAAUUAGUGUAAAUUAGGAGGAUGUUAUUUCAUGUCUACAGGGCUCUAAUAACGGUGAAAAAAAAAUAUUUAGAAAGUCCUUUCUAUCUUUUAACUACGAAAAUAUUCUGUUUAUUAAUAUUGAAUCCUACUUUGUAGAAAUGUGUUUAUCGUGAAUUAACGUUGAUAAACGAGGCACGAUUGUAUAAGAUAAACACUGUCUAGACCAGGGGUGCUCACACUUUUUCAGCAUGCGAGCUACUUUUAAAGUGACCGAGUCAAAAUGAUCUACCCACUACAAAAAUGCAAAACAUCUAUUUAUUUUCAAAUGUAUUGAGGAUUAUUUGUACGUACAAUGUAUGUUGAUGUACCUUACAUAACCAAAUGAGCCAAUAUUGCGAAACACACAUAAUUAACUAUUAAAAUUUUUUGUAAUUACCUGAGUUUACUUUGAUGACUUGCACUGAAUUGAACCAGCCAGGGAUGCAUAGUCCGGACAGUAGCUGCUGAUAGCCAGCCUCAAGCACACUUCCAAAUGUUUAUCAGUCAUGGAUAAUAUCCGUAUCAUAAUAUCCGUAUAAUAUUCCAUAUCCGUAUGGAAGUGAUAUGUUUUUUGCCUUUUUACUUGGUCCAGUUUUUGCCUUUUUACUUGGUCCAGCUCCUUCACUCAUUUUAGUGACCAUAAACUUUAGCAAGGGCUUUAAAAUCUCGCAAUUCGCCGACUAGCUUAGCACUUUGCUUUUGCUUUAAAAGUAGCUCGCAUGCUGAAAAAGUGUGAGCACCCCUGAUCUACAUAGAUAGACUUUCUUUAUUGUCAUUGCACAAUAACACAGCAGUGAAAUUGCCAACGAAAUGCUGUUGCCUGGCUCCCGUAUAAUAAUAAAUAAAUAAUAAUAAUGUGGAGAAUAAAUAGAUGACAUCAAAUAUGAACAAUGUACAGCGUAAACAGUAAUUUGUACAAAUAAUUUAGAAUAAAUAAUAUUAAUUUAAAUAUUACCAAUAUUAUCAGCCAAUAUUGGUAUAGAAAUUUUAUAUCGGUUCAUAUAGGUAUGGGGUUUUUUUGCUGAUAAGGCUUCCUAGGUCAGUAUGUCUGUGGUCUGGAAUUAUUUCUAACUUUCUUGUCUUUUAAAAAUAUGCAAUGUGCAGUGAUUGUAAAUAAGGCCAAAGCUGCACAUCUCAUGAUAAUGCUGUCAUCGUGAGGAAAAGGAACGUUUGUGUGGGAAAGCAGUUCCACAGCGGACCUUUUUAAUCUUGGCGGGCUGAAAAACCGGCAAAAGUUGGCGAUAUAACUUUAACUCUUCUGUUAAGCCGAGGUCACGACUGGCCAUACGGGCGCCGAUGGCAACAGGUCCCCUUAGUAAGUUUACAAGCGUGCUGGGCCACUUGACUACAAAUAGGUGUGGGACAAAUUAGUGUGUUACUGUGUUAAGUGUUAAUAAAACUGUAUUAUUUAAGAAAUGUCAUACUGCUCCGAAUUUUUGGUCGGGUCAUAUAUCGAAUGACAGACAAACAGAUCAAUAAAGUAUAAACAUGCAUGA